AUGAAUAAGCAAGGGUGUAAAUGGUUCAAUUCUCUAUGGUUUCAUUUUCCCGACGAAUUGAAAGAUAAUGAAAAUUAUAAAUUUUCAUAUGGUGAUCAAAAUUUCAAACAGUAUUGUACUAAUAAUAGUUGUGAUAGUAAUCUCGAAAAAAUUAAUGCUGCAUGUUUAUAUUUGUUUAAUGCAUUCUUUGGAAAUCAUAAUUCGUUUAAAACUAAUGCAAAAAAUAACUUCGAUGUUGUUGAUUACAUUAUUAUAUGGUUAAGUUAUAUGCUAAGCCUAAAACAAGAAAACGGAAUCAAUAAAUUAAAUGACUUCUAUACUAACCAUAUAGCAACAAAUGCGCAUUAUAAUAAUACAAUACAUGGUAUUAGAGAUUAUAAAUGUUAUAAGCAAAUCAUAGAUAAAAAAAAGGAUUUUUUGGAUAUUGAUAUAAAUAAUAAUAUUAUAUCUAAAUUUUAUGAAGCAUUUAAAUUAUUAUAUGAAAUGUAUUAUGCAUUUGAUGGAAGCACGUCAAAUUGCAAAAAAUGUUCGAAAAAUGUUAAUCAAUUUGUUGAAACAUAUGAAAAUCUUUACAAAAAUUAUAAUAACACUGAUAGUAUUCCAUAUAAAAAAAUAUUGUUUACAUUAUCAACUGAUUAUAAUAAAUUAAAAAAUGAAUGUAACGGUAUUCAAUCCUUUCCAUCGAUAGAAACAACAAACAAUUUGGUAAAAAUUUCUGAACAACCUUCUGCACAAAUUUCUGCAACUGAUUCUAAACAAACUGUAAAAAGUUCUGAAGUUACAUCAUCAAGUUCGUCGAUAGUAAGCAAAUUAAUUUCAAUUCCAUUUAUAUUUGUUGCAACGUUAAUUUUUUUGGGAAUUUCUUAUAAGUAUUCGUUAUUUGGAUUUCGGAAACGACCUCAAAAACAACAAAUAAGAGAAAAGCUAAAAAAAUAA